AUGGCGUCGAUGGAAACCCUCCCGAUUGAGGCAAUCUACAACAUUGCAGACCUCGUCAUAGAAGAGGCAUUUGAUGAGAACAUCUUUGCAAAAACUCAAUUGGCUCUGGCCCAAACAAAUCACCACUUCUAUGAUAUCGUCAACCCUCGACUUCGUGCAGCAAGCUAUUGCUGGGCAGCUCGAGAGGGAAGAAUAGAUAUCCUCAAGAAAGCACAUGAGAAUGGCGCGAAUCUAAGCGGGACUGGGACGAUGAGGCCUGAAGAAAGAGCAACACCUUUGCACUACGCCAUCAAGCAGGGACAUCGUGAUAUCGUCGAGUACCUCGCUGAGAUUGGCGUGGAUCCCCAUGUGCCAGCCAGAGGAGUCUGCGAUUGCUGGAGCGAUAUCGAGCCUGUAAGGCCUUAUGCCCUUCACAUGGCCAUCCGACAUAGUGGCUUUGAAGGAGCUGAGAAAAUACUUGUCCAGAAGCUAGGAGCAUAUUGGACAUUUCAGGGAACAUCUGCUUUGGAUCAUGUUGAUCCUCACGAUGUUAAUGAUAGGGAAAUCAUUGACUUGCUCGUUAAACUGCCCGGAUCAAGACAUGCUGCUGAUGCAUUACGGUACGCUCUCAAGUGGAACGAGCCUGAGCUUGUGAACCGUCUGCUUGAGAGGUCUGACAUGGUUGCCUCUGCGCCUGAUUCUGAUGGUCAAACUCCUCUCUUCUGGGCGAUCCAGUACAAACGAGUGGAUAUUGUUAAGAACGGUUUCACUCCCUUACAGGUGGCCGUUGGCGUGAGAAGUUUACCACUUGUUGAACUGCUCCUCCAAUGCGAAGAAACCAAUGCUCGCAGGACUGACGCAGGAAAACCCAGUGCCCUCCACAUUGCUACCGCGCGUGGGGAACUACAGAUCGUGAAUGUCCUCUUAGAGCAAAACGGUCUUGAUGUAGCAUCCCCUGAUUCAACAGGGAACACUCCUCUACACUGGGCUGUCAGAAGUCGUGAUAAAAAGUACCAUCCAAGUUUGGUUAUGAUAUACAAUGAUGAUGACAAUAACGACGAUGAUGAAGACGAAGACGAUGAUAGUGAUACUUUUGACGAACCUGGGUAUAGAGAAGAAAGCCUCGACAUCAUCAAACGAUUACUAGCCAGACAAGAGGUCAACGCGGGAGGGCACGAUUAA